AGGGAAUUGUCAAAGGUGGGUUUGUUGUCGGUGUCAAUAAGUUUUUUGAUAGUUUUGUUCUGUGGGAUAAAUCUUGCCGUUCAUUUGAGAGAAUGGGCACAAUUAGCACGUUGGAAGACACAAUUCAAAUAGGAAACAAAUUAGAGAAGGAAACUGCAAAUUUUGCUGUAUUGAAAGAAAAUGUCGAUAAAUAUAAUGCCUUAUCGAAAAACAUGUCCUCCAUCCUCACCACGUUUGAGCAACGCCUCGGAAAAUUGGAACAGACAAUACUUCCAGUCUACAACGAAACUGAACAUUUGCAGCAGCGCCAGACAAAUCUUGAGACAACUAUACAUUGCCUAGAAACUGUCCUAUCCCACUAUGACGCUUCGCAAGAAGUUUGUAACUUGAUUCAUUUGGGCCCGUCUGAAGGAAACAUCACCACCUUCCUGGAUGCGCUAGAUAAACUGAAACGCGCAAAAGACUAUUUCUUGAACAAUAAUUCACAAAGUGUUGAGUUGGAGAAUGUGACCAGUCUCUUCAAUACGGGCUGUGAAAGCUUGAAUAACCAUUUCAAGGCACUUUUAAAGAAGCACAGCUGCCCAAUGAAGCCAGUCGACUUACUCGACUUGAUUUAUAUCGAAGAAGACUCAUCCAAUGAAGAUUGCUCAUCAAUUAAGCAAUUAUCCCCGAAUACUAGAGAAGAACUGAAUGUUAUUGCUAACUGGUUGGAGCAGAAUCUUCGCCGAGAAUACAAAGAUAUUUACUCAGAAGAACGAUCCGAUGUAGUAUUCCGGUCAUUACAACAUUUGAAGGAUCAUCAAAAAAGCGGGAGCUGGGGCAAUGAACCACUGAAGGCCAGACAUUAUGGACGAGUGGAAUCGAAGAAGUCGACGUCGGCGAGGUUGCAAAACAUCUUCGAAAAGAAGGCAAACAAAAUGCUUCUGCGUGCCAGUCAGACGAUCGAACAAUCAACGGGAUUCUCUAUAAAAAAGAACGUAUCACAUGGGGACCAUUUAGCUACCGAAGAUCAUUCGGACGGUGACCAGGAGUUAGAUAAAUAUUUAGUUUUAUUGCUUGGAUUGCAACGUCUGCUAGUAUGGGAGCGGACUCUUCUCAAUGAUAUCGUUCCACCUUCGCAACAACCGGAUGUUUUUCUAAAGUUGGCAGAGAAUUCCAUUGAUUUGGUUAUAAAAGAUGCCGAGAGCAUAACGAAUCGCAUUCUUCGAAGUAUUUCGCGAAAAGAGUGGUCGGCAGCGCUGGGAAUUUUCUCUGCUUUGAAGAGGGUCAUUCUUCUGCAGCCGGAUAUUGACAGGACCUGCGAUCUAAGACAAAAGGAGCAAUUGAACAAAGUGUUGAAUAAGUUGCAGCAAACGGGGGCGAAAACCUUGGAGCAAUUUCUCGAAGCAGUGAAAGCUGACUCUGGAACAAAUAUAGUUGGUAUGACCGCUAGCACCUUGUCCGGAUCGAGUGUCCCAAAAGAUGCGACUGUUUAUGAGUUAACAUCAAACACUAUUUGGUUUAUUGAACAUUUGUUUGAACAUUUCGACGUUAUUGGUGGCAUUCUGCAACAAGAUCCAGGGUACAUAAACGCAAUCGACUCAAUUACAGUGAGAAAAAGUUUUUCAUCUGAAGAAAGAAAUAAAGCGCUGCUCGGGGUUUACAUACGAAAGGUUUUGGCUGAACUUAACCUGACGAUUGUGAACAAAUGCGAACAGUACGGGGAUACUGCAACGAAACAUCUCUUCCGUUUGAAUAAUGUGCAUUAUGUUCUGAAAUCGCUUCAACAAUCUAACCUGCUUGAUUUGGUUCGGAUAGUUGAGCCAGAAUGUGAACGAAGUUAUCUGGAUAUAAUCGGUGAAAUGAAAUUGGCCUACCAGCGCUCAUGGUCAAAGCUUUUGGGUUAUAUUUCACCACUGGAUGAGUUGCCUCGACCCAUCAACGGAAAAGUGAAAGAAAAGGAACGAGCAAUUAUCAAGGAGAGAUUUUCGAAUUUCAACAAAGAAUUCGAGGAAGCGUGCAAGAUUCAACGGGGUAUAUCCGUGCCAGAUGUUAUCCUGCGUGAGGGUCUUAAGAGAGAUAACGCCGAACAUAUUAUUCCGAAAUAUAAUCGAUUUUUCGAAACAUAUUCCGAUGUUCAGUUCAGUAAAAAUCCAGAAAAGUAUGUCAAAUAUCGACCUCAAGAUGUUAAUGCAAUGUUGACGAAUUUAUUCGAUGACUCCGUAGUUUAAGUUAGCAUUAAUGUAACUUAACUUGUAAAGUGUAUUUAUACUAUAUACUCUCCAUUAAACACGUUAACUG